AGGAGGGGAGCAGGGGAGGAGGGGGGAGAGCAGGAGUCGGAGGAGGUGAUCCAGGAGGAUCCAGCCCUCCUCCAGAAAGCAGCUGGAUCCAGCAGCAGCAGCCCAGGCGGAGGACAGACGGAGCUGCUGACACCAUGAUGGAGAGGAACCUUCCGCGGCUCUGCUUCCUGCUCUGGAUCUCAGGCACAUGGGCUCAGACUCAGAACAUGGAGGUGGUCAAAGGGAAGCUGGUGACGCUACAGGCCUCCUACAAUGAAGACCUGACCGAUGGUACUGUGGUCUGGAACUUUAUGACGGACAGCAUCGAUACGGUCAUCAGCUACACCAAAGGCUCUAUCAAUGAGGGCAGUGACCAGUUCAGGGGCCGCGUUGGCUUUGUCAAGGACAUGCCCUCAAGUGAUGUGUCGCUGUUCAUCAACAACACCCGGGAGUCUGACUCCGGGCGCUUUGUGUGUCAGGUCAUCAGUCCCGGUGGUUCUGCUAAGCCUGCUGAGAUCUUGCUGGAUGUGAAAGUCCCCCCCGCUGUUCCCACCUGCUCCCUCUCUGGGAAGCCUGUGCUGAAAGGAAAUGUGACUCUGACCUGCAAGUCGAGUGCUGGGAAGCCAGUCCCACUGUACAAGUGGAGGAGAACCAGUCCAACCUCUGAAGUCUUCUUUGCACCGAUGCUCAAUGAGAACACUGGGACUCUGAAGCUGAGCAACCUGAGCGGCAACAUGUCGGGGAAGUACGUGUGCGUCGCCAGCAACUCGGCAGGCAGCGAGAACUGCUCCAUCAGCCUGGACAUCAUUGACAACAAUAAGGUUGGAGUGAUCGUUGGCGCCACAGUUGGAUCCGUCCUCGGGUUCAUCUUCCUCCUCUGUGUCUGCGCCGGGUUUCUGUUCGUCUUCAAGAGGAGAAGAGACAGAGAGGACGACAUGGCCAACGACAUCAAGGAAGACGCUCAGGCUCCCAAACGAGUUUCCUGGGCAAAGAGCGGCAUCGGCUCUGAUGUCAUCUCCAAGAACGGCACGCUGUCCUCCAUCGCCUCCAGCUCCCGCCACAGGGAGCCCUCCGCCCACCUGAACAACCACCACCUGCAGCAAUACCCCCAGCACCCUGCCUCAGACACCGCCUCCAUCAUCACCGCUACAGGCAGCGCGGCCGGCUACAGGCCGCCCCGCCACCAGGGGGCGGCCACUCCCACUCAUUUCAGCUACAACCACAGCAGCACGCUGCCCCACGGACAGCCCACCUCCUCCCAGGCCGCCAACGGGGUUCAGGAGCGCUACGGCCAUCUGCCCCAGGCCCAGGAGCUGGCGCAGGCCUACAGCCAGCUGCAGAGGCAGUUCCAGCCCGCUCCGUCCCCCCCACCGCUGCCCACCUCCACCAUCACAGCCUCCAACAUCAACCGCAUGGGAGGGGUGCCCAUUAUGGUGCCUGCACAAAACCAAGCCGGCUCUCUGGUCUAGAAGAAGUGCCAUAAAUGUUGGACUGUUACAGUCGCUCUGCGCUGGACUCUUUAUGUUUUAAUGAAUUAGCAGAUAGGAGGAGAAGAAGAAGAACAGCAGGCUGCCCUGAUGCGCUGUUUACUCGCUUUGGUUUCACUCUUUUAUAUAUUCUGUUCCCACUAAUUAUUUUGAUAUGAUCCUUUUUUUACUUUUUUUAUUAUGAUUCUAUAAGUUUUCUGCUUUCUUCAAACAGCAGCCAUGUUGUUUUUUAGAAGAGUUUAUUUUUUCCAAAUCUCCUUAAAGAUGAAACAGGAAGUGGAGAGACUCCACCGACCGCCGUCACCUGAUGCAACCUUAAAAAAGAGGAUGGUUAUGAAUCAUCCCUGCAGGGUCUGGAUUGGUUGAAGCUUGGCUCCUGCUGGAACGAUGCCCCCUGCUGGGGAGGGGUGGAGAAACUCCUGAGCCACAAAGCAGGUUUUUUCUCAAUAGAAGAAAUUCUUCUUAGGGGAAGAAUCUUCUUCGGUGCUGAGAAGGAAGGGAAACUGAUUGAACAGUGAGUCUCAUCAUCUAAGGCCAUCUGCGGCAGCCGGAGCUAACAUUAGCCCGUCUGCGGCAGCUGGAGCUAACGUUAGCCCGUCUGCGGCAGCUGGAGCUAAC